AUGGCGCUAUUCGGGACUUCAGACGCCCUGAUGUGCAGGGCGUUCCCGACGACUCUGCGGGGACUAGCCCGCGCGUGGUACAACGGCCUGAAGCCAGGGACCAUCGCCUCCUUCGACCAACUCGCCAAGGAUUUCGAGCUUAACUUCCUGGCAUACGCCCGACCAAAGCCGUCCAUGGCGUUGCUCUUGGGGCUCAACCAGAAGGAGGAUGAGCCCCUCUCCCACUUUGUGAACCGAUUUACAACACAAAUCCGUGGAUUAUCGGAUGCUCACCCCUCUCUCUUGAUGCAGGCCUUCAUGACUGGCCUGCGGCCCUCCAGGUUCUUCUGGUCGCUCGUGGAGCGGCCUCCCGUCGCGGUCCCCAAGAUGCUCCAACGUGCUAGUCAGUUUAUCGCCGCGGAAACCUGGAUGACUGGAAAGCGGGAGGAGCACAAAAAGUGCUGCGAGUUGAAGAGACAAAUCGAGGAGCUCGUCCUCAGAGGUCAUCUCGGCCAGUACCUCCGGCCGAACAAGGAGCAGUCACCUCGCCCAAAGGGCCCUGUCGAGCGACACAUCGAUGUCAUAGCCGGAGGCCCCGCAUCCGGAGGAAGUUCCAUGUUGGGCAGAAAGGCGUACGUCCGGUCCGCUCCCGACGAAGCCUCGGGACACGAGCCCGAGCCCGAGAUCACCUUCCCAACCGGAGCUGCUGAGCGACCCAACCACGACGACGCCUUGGUAAUAUCGGCCAGGGUAGCCAACGCGCAAAUGAGGAGAAUCAUGGUCGACACAGGAAGCUCGGCCAACAUACUCUACUUCGGUGCCUUCCAGAAGCUGGGCCUGGCCAGGGAAAAUUUAAGCCCGAUUUGCUCGGCGCUCACCGGCUUCACGGGAGAUUCAAUAUCGCCCCUGGGAGCCAUUACCUUGCCUCUGACUGUAGGGACCUCGCCGAGAUCGAAUACCGUAAUGACCACUUUCCUGGUGGUCGACCUUCCCACCGCUUACAAUGCCAUACUCGGUCGACCGACCCUCAACAAAGUCAGAGCCAUCGUCUCGACCUACUACCGGACCGUCAAAUUCCCGACUCGCGAGGGGGUCGGGGAAGUCACCGGAAGCCCUCGAGAGUCCAGGCGCUGCUACCUUACCUCUGUCUCAUUGGGCAAGAGAACCAGGGCCGAGGCGCCCCUGGAAGAUCCGCGGGAAGCGAAGAAACUGGCUCCUCACCCCGAGCCGAGGGAUCCACUGUUGACGUUCGUUUGUAGGAAGCGCGGCCGAACCAAACAGAUAGGGUCGGAUCGAAACUACCCGAACGGGAACGGGAACAGCUCGUCGGUCUUCUGCAGGAAAAUGCCGACAUCUUCGCCUGGUCCCCAUCGGACAUGGGGGGGUUCGACCCAGUGGUCGCGGAGCAUCAUCUCAAUAUCCCACCUGACGCUCGCCUAG